CUGUAAGCCUAACACCUAUAGUGAAAAAACAUCUGAAGAGAGAUGAAUAUUCUGAAAACAUAAUUCUCUCUAUUUUUAGAUCCCAGGUAAGGCCUCACCAUGAGUAUGCAGUGCAGUUCUGGGCCUCAGUCCAUCUUGGGACCCCCUUCUACCAUGGUGUCCCUUACUGUGGUAUCUCCUGUGAUGGUGGGUUUGGGUCUGAGGACCAACUUUGAGGAAGAGGACUGCCCCCAUUUAAGGUUCCUGUUUGAGGGGAACGCAAGACCCCCCCCCCCCACACAAACCAGUAUAAAGCUGCAGGUUGGCUGCACAAUGGGCUGUUGGAAAGUUCUCCAGCUCCCCAGGAUCUUCCUCUCACUGUGCAGUGCAUCAGAAAGACCAUGGGACCAUCCAGCAUCUGCCUUGUGGCUCUGCUUUCCCUACUGAUCCCGGCUCACUCGGCCCCUGAUCCCACCCUGGACACUCACUGGCAGCUGUGGGUUAAAACUCACCAGAAGAGCUAUAAGGAUACGGAAGAGGAACGUGCAAGACGGACCAUCUGGGAGGAGACACUGAAAUUUAUCACCGCCCAUAACUUGGAAUAUUCCUUGGGACUUCACACUUAUGAGGUUGGGAUGAACCAUCUGGGAGAUAUGACAGGUGAGGAGGUGGCUGCAACAAUGACAGGUUACACUGACUCAGGGGAUUCAUUGGACAAUGUGGUCCACGUACCAAAACAGAUACUAGAGGCUCUGCCGCCGGCAUCAAUAGACUGGAGAACCAAAGGCUGUGUCACCCCUGUGAGAAAUCAGGGAAAGUGCGGAUCUUGCUACGCUUUCAGUGCAGUGGGGGCCCUGGAAUGCCAAUGGAAAAAUAAAACACGCUCACUGGUCACAUUCAGCCCCCAGGAACUGGUGGAUUGUUCCUACACUGAAGGAAACAAUGGCUGCAAAGGGGGAUCUUUAAAUGCCUCCUUCACAUACAUGAUGAAAAAUGGCGUUAUGGAGGACUCUGCUUACAAAUAUACAGAAAAGGAGGAACCGUGUAAAAAGAAGAAGCCAAGUAAUACUGGAGUAGUAAAGGAUUUCUACACACUCCCUGCUGGCAAUGAGACGGCUCUUAAGAAUGCCGUAGGAAUAGAUGGACCUGUGUCUGUUGUCAUAGAUUCCAGUGGUCAAGGGUUCCGUAUGUACAACUCAGGUGUUUAUUACGAUCCUUAUUGCACCACCAACUUAGACCAUUCUGUGCUUGUGGUUGGAUACGGUACAGAUAAUGGCAAUGACUAUUGGCUGAUUAAGAACAGCUGGGGAGUCGGCUGGGGAGAGCAAGGCUAUGUUAAAAUGGCUCGAAAUCGCAACAACCAUUGUGGUAUUGCCUCGUAUGCUUACUAUCUAACUGUGUGAAGUCUAGUCAGACUAAAUGAGUCAACAUUAUUUCUGUUAAUUCUUUUAUUCCUGAUUAUACACUUUUUUACAUUCAAUUUACUUUUGCUUAAAUGGAGUGGUCUACAAGGCGGUAGCUACCUGUUCUCUGUGGACAUUCCAUUGCUGUUAGCUUUUGCUCACGUAAAUCCUACCUAACGUCUAGCUGAUCUUUAUAUCUACAUGUAUUCUGUAUCUGUUAUUGUUACAGGGCCCUUAUAUUGCCAAUGCUGAAAAUGUCUGCAAAUCUACUGUAUAAAUAAUGCAUAAAAAUAAAAUGAGCAAGAAU